AUGGUUCGGAGUGCGAAGGCAGCUAAGUUCCUGCAUUUGGUACAGGGACAGAUGACUGUAUCUCAGUACGCAGCUCGGUUUGUCGAGUUGUCGCGUUUUGCAUUGCAUUUAGCACCUGAUGAAAAAAAGAAGGCGAGGAAGUUUGAAGAAGGGAUGAGACAGAAUUUUUUUGAGCAGAGGAAUGUGGCAGUUCAGAGUCAGAGGAAGAGGCCUGCGCCUCAAGGUUUCCAGGAUGGCUCCAGUAGGGGCCCAUGGAGAGGAGGUCAUGCUAGGGGUGACCAGAGGCAGAUGGCGAGACCUCAUGGGAACCAAGGUGGGCAGACUUACCCAAUUUGUCAGACAUGUGGGAGACAUCAUUUGGGAGAGUGCCGGGCAGGGAGAGGCGUAUGUUAUCGUUGUGGGAGGCCAGGUCACGUGAUGCGUGAUUGCCCAGGUCAGCAAGAUCAGGUCCCAGUACCCAGGCCUCAUUAG